UUAUCGCCAAUUUUAGCAUAUAAUACUAAUAUUCCUAAAUGGUUUUAAAUAUAACUGAAAUGUAAACUCAUACACUAUGCCUGGUGGAAGACGUAAUACUACUAGUAGAAAUGGACAGACUAAAUCCCAAGCUAACAUUUCUACACCUUCAAAUAUUGGUGUACGAAGUAAUAGUGGAGAAAGAACACCUGGAAGUGGUGCAGAUGAUAAGAAAUCAGAAGAAAUUUGUGGAAUAAAAACAUUGGUACCAAAACAUGUACCUAUACCAAUUGUACCUGUUGAUGGUCAUUUAACAUUUGAAGCUAUGUCUUUGGCUGUGUCAAUUAUUGCAGCUUCAUUACAAAUGCUUAAUUUAUAUAGAACUGUUUGGUGGUUACCCCAUUCUUAUAAUAAUUAUAGCAUGAAUUUUUAUUUAAUAGAUCCUUAUCUACUUAUAUUUAUAACAACUAUGGUUGCAAGACAAUUUAUUUACUCUUUAUUGCGUCGUGUCAUUGAUGUUUCAUCACCAGUUCGUUGGUUACCUGCUGCUCAAAAAAUUAUGAGGAUAACUUUGUUAUUUAUUGUGAUGACUAUAUUAUGUUGGUGUCUUUAUCACAUGGCUGAAAGGCAUAAUUCAAUGAAGAUUUUUUACUUAUGUUAUCCAAGUUUAUCAGUAUAUUUUGUUAUGUUUGGUGUAAGUGCAGCACCUUUUUUUGAUAUAAAUUAUUGGUUUAAAUCAUUUUCUUUUUUGGCAGAUAAACCUUUACAUAAUUGCUCAUUAAAUGCAUCCGCAAUUAGAGCAGAAGUUUCAACAUUGAGAUCUGAUUUCAAUCGUCGUCUGAAACGAGCUUUAUUUGCAUCUUCUAGUAGUGCUUAUGUAUGUGGUAUUGCACCCAUUAUAUUUGUACCUCAACAUUUACAUUUUAAUGUAUCAUGGGUUGUACAACAUGUUAUUAUGUUUUGGCUUGGAAGAAUAAGUGCUCACUUUUCACAUGCUUAUCCUGUCAGGUACUGUGAUGUUCUACAUAGAGCGGCGUUACAUUUAGGUCGAUGGGUGAAAAUUGAAAAUCGUAAUAGCCAUACAUAUGCUCAAGCAUGGAAUGAUUCAGUUUUGUGGCCUCAUGGUUCAGUUGUGCGGCACAAUAAGGAAAUCUAUCGUUCAGAAGGUUUAUGCACUGUAGCAGAACCAGGAAAUUCAAAUCAUUAUAGGUUUUAUGCUUUAUUUAGCAAUCCCACGAUGUUACUUUGUUCAUUGUUGGGCUUACAACUUCUUCUUGUCUGUGCACAAUUAUUCAUUUUAUUACGCACAACCGAUUGGUAUCAAGCACUAUCGAUAAUGUUGCUUCUUGUGAUCAACUAUUAUACUUUAUUUAAAGUUACUAGAGAUUACCUUAUUUGUUGGAAAGUAUAUCAUGCCGAGCAAAUAAUACAAGAAAAGUCUCAAAUGAAUGCAAAUUCUGCUAUUCAAUAA